UUUGGGGUCCGUAGGGGACAUUUGGGGUCCAUAGGGGACACCGGGGGUCCAUAGGGGCUCUGUAGGUGCCGCCCAGCCCCGCCCUGGGCUCCUUUGGGGGGGUCUGUGGGAUUCUAUAGGGGAUCCAUGGGGGAUCUAUAGGGGAUCUGCAGGGCUCCCACAGGGGAUCCAUAAGUGUGCUCCAUAGGGGAUCCAUGGGGGAUCCAUAGGGGACGCCCAGGCCCCAGCAGGGAUCCGUAGGGGAUCCAUGGGGGACGCCCAGGCCCCAGCGGGGAUCCAUAGGGGACGCCCAGGCCCCAGCGGGGAUCCAUAGGGGACGCCCAGGCCCCAGCAGCGAUCCGUAGGGGAUCCAUAGGGGAUCCAUGGGGGAUCCAUGGGGGAUCUGUAGGGGAUCCAUAGGGGAUCCAUAGGGGACGCCCAGGCCCCAGCAGGGAUCCAUAGGGGAUCCAUGGGGGAUCCAUAGGGGAUCCAUAGGGGAUGCCCAGGCCCCAGCGGGGAUCCAUGGGGGAUCCAUAGGGGAUCCAUAGGGGACGCCCAGGCCCCAGCAGAGAUCCAUAGGGGAUCCAUAGGGGACGCCCAGGCCCCAGCAGGGAUCCAUAGGGGAUCCAUGGGGGAUCCAUAGGGGAUCCAUAGGGGAUGCCCAGGCCCCAGCGGGGAUCCAUGGGGGAUCCAUAGGGGAUCCAUAGGGGACGCCCAGGCCCCAGCAGGGAUCCAUAGGGGAUCCGUAGGGGAUCCAUAGGGGACACCCAGGCCCCAGCAGGGAUCCAUAGGGGAUCCGUAGGGGAUCCAUAGGGGACACCCAGGCCCCAGCAGGGAUCCGUAGGGGAUCCAUAGGGGACGCCCAGGCCCCAGCGGGGGGCGCUGUCCCGUGCGCUGCCCCCGGGGCCAAGGCCACAGCAAGGCCGGGCUCAACCUACGGCCGGGGCCGUAUGGAUCCUAUAGGGGACCCCGCGCUGCAGGGGCUCCCCCCAGGGGAUCCGCCACGGCCCCGGCACACGCCGGCCCCUACACACCCUAUGGGGGAUCAUGUGGGGGAUCCUGUGGGGGAUCCUGUGGGGGAUCCUGUGCAUCCUAUAGGGGAUCCUAUGGGGGAUCCCGUGCAUCCUGUGGGGGAUCCUAUGGGGGAUCCUAUGGGGGAUCCUAUAGGGCAUCCUAUGGGGGAUCCUGUUCAUCCGCUGGGGGAUCUUAUAGGGGAUUCUAUGCAUGCUAUAGGGGAUCCUGUACAUCCUGUAGGGGAUCCUAUGCAUGCUAUAGGGGAUCCUGUACAUCCUGUAGGGGAUCCUAUGGGGGAUCCUGUGCAUCCUAUGGGGGAUCCUAUAGGGGAUCCUAUGGGGGAUCCUAUAGGGGAUCCUGUUCAUCCUCUGGGGGAGCCUAUAGGGGAUCCUAUGUAUUCUCUAGGGGAUCCUAUAGGGGAUUCUACGCAUGCUAUGGGGGAUCCUGCGCAUCCUGUAGGGGAUUGUAUAAGGGAUCCCAAAUCCCCUAUGGAAAGCCCCAGGUCCCCUCUAGAGUGUCCCCUAUGGAAAAUGCCCUAUGGAAAACCCCGAGUGGCUCCGGACGAAGCCCCGGAUCAGAGCCCAGGUCGAGGCCACUGAGGGACAAAAUUCGGAGUAAAAAAUGGAAUUUUGAGGCUUUUUUUUGGAGCCUUCUUUUGGCUUUUUACCACUUUUUUUGCCUUUUUUAUUUUUUUUUCUUUUUAUUUUUUUUUUUAAUUUUUUUUAUUUUUCAAGGUUUUUUUUAAUCUUUUGGGGACGAUUUUCCAUCUUUAAAUAAAAAUUCCUCAUUCCAGUACGUUUCCUUCCUUUCAAUAAAUAUUUGGAAAUUCCCAAUUUUCCCCCCAAAAUAUUCAGAUUUUUUUCCCCAUAAAAUUCCUGGUUUCUCCCGAAAAAUCCCAAUUUUUGUCCCCCAAAAAUUCCCAUUUUCCCCCCAGAAAUUCCCAUUUUUUCCCCCAAAACCUCCCAAUUUCCCCCCAGAAAAUUUCCCCUUUUUCUCCCCAUAAAAUUCCCACUUCCCCUCCCCCCAAAAUUCCCGCCUUUUCCCCCCCAAAAUUCCCGGUUUUCCCGCUAUUUUUUUUUUCCCGGGAAUGACGCAAAUUACGUGACUCAAACCGCGGGAAUUCCCCGGGUGGGCGUGGCUUCCUCACAAACCACACCCCCCUCCCUUCUCCACCAAUCAGAUCGCGGCGUGGGCGUGGCCUCCACCCCCCGUUAUAACGGCGGGGCCGCGGGUUCGAAUCCCGGCAUUUCCUGUCGCGAUGUCGAUGGUGGCGGCGGUCGCGGCCACCGCGCGGUGUCCGGGGCGGGUUUGGGGACAUCCCGAGGGUGUCCCCAAGGGGGUGGCACCGUCCCCACCUCGUCACUUCACCUUCGAACCCCUCCCGCCGCCCCCCGGCCCCUCCAGGCCCCGGCGGCGGCAUCGCCGCGUUCUUUACCCGCCCGCUGUUCGUCGUCCCCUCCCCUCGGAAGAACCCAGCGCCGCCAAGCGACUCCUGCUGCUCCUCCUGGCCGUGGUGGGCACCCAAAUCUACAACGCGCCGGGUGACGUCGGCACCGAUGUCGCUCUGGGGACGCCUCUGGGGACGAGGACGACCCUGGGGACGCCCCCGGUUCCUGAGGGACCCCAAAUUCCGGCCGGGAACGGCAGCGGGACGGCGGCGCCCGCGGGCGCCCCCUGCCCCUCGGUGUCGGUGGCGCCGCCUUUGGCGCCCCCUGGUGGCGCCAGGAGGAGCUGAGGGACCCGCCCCAAACCCUGCCGGGGGGCGGUGCCCAGGAGUGCCACGCCCCCCUGGACUAAUUAACGAGGUCGUUAAUUAAGGACGAAGAGAUGGAAGUCCCAAGAGUGCCACGCCCCCCCGGACUAAUUAACGAGGUCGUUAAUUAAGGACGAAGAGAUGGAAGUCCCAGGAGUGCCACGCCCCCCUGGACUAAUUAACGAGGUCGUUAAUUAAGGACGAAGAGCUGGAAGUUGGUCAAUCCCAGGAGUGCCACGCCCCCCUGGACUAAUUAAUGAGGUUGUUAAUUGAGGUCGAAGAGCUCCGGGUUGGAAGAAGGUUGAGAGGUUGGAUAAUCCCAGUUUGGAACUGGGAGCACUGGGAAGGGACAGAGCCAUGGAUUAAGAUGGAUUUUCCCAUCCCUUAAUUAAUUAUCCGGUUGAUUAACCUCUAAUUAAUGACCAGCGCGUUAAUUACCUCCCAAUUAACGUGGGAACAAAGCCAACAUUUGGAUUUUGAGGUUCCUCAAUCCCAGUUUGGAACUGGGAGCACUGGAAAGGGGCGUGGCCAGGAUGGCCUCAUUAACGAGGUUUUAAUUAACGAGGUCACCUCUACCUCAGCUUCAGCACCUGUGGGUGCUGAAUUGAUUAAUUAUCAAUUAUUUAUUAUAAUUAUUUAUUUGUUAUUUAUUUGUUCUUAUUUAUUUGUUCUUAUUUAUUUGCUAAUAUUUAUUAAUUAUUUAUUAAUUAAUCACCCCUGGAUGAUUGAUUGUGACUCAAUUUGAGGGGGGAUUUUUGAUAUUUUAAUUAAUUAAACUCAUCAAGUGAAUUAA